AUGAACAUACAAGAAUGGUACUCGAUGACAUGGCUGAACAUUUCCUACACAGUUCCAUCGAGUGGUCUGCCCUGGAAAAAGGAACGCAAAGAGCUACUGCAGAACAUCACUGGUCGCGUGAACAGGGGAGAAAUCAUGGCCCUGAUGGGACCCUCUGGAAGUGGCAAGACUACUCUUCUGGACAUUCUCGCUGAUCGAGUGUCCAAUGGGGAAAUAACGGGAGAUAUUCGUAUCAACGGGAUGAACAGAAACUCUGAUAAGUUCCGAGCGUACACCUCUUAUGUGGCCAAUAAGGAUGUGUUCUACGAAAUUUUCACAGUACAGGAAACAAUGAUGUUUGCGGCUGGCCUCUGCAUCCCGAGAAACAUGCCGAAGGCCACUUCUUUUCCAGUGACCCAUCGCUACCCAAACUGGUUUCUAGCAGUUGGACUGGAAUCAUGUAAAGAUACGAGAAUAGGCGGAGAAUUAUUCCGCGGUCUCUCCACUGGUCAGAAGACACGACUUAGUAUUGCGUUGGAACUACUAAGGGAGCCCUGGAUCUUGUUUCUGGACGAGCCUCUGUCUGGAUUGGACGGAUCAGCUGCUGCAAAUAUUAUGAGCAUUUUGACAGAUCUUGCAAAUGCAGAAUUUUCGCCUGAUCUAGUACAAACUAAAGUGCGAGAAACAGUCACCGGAGUUUUUCUGGCACAAAUGGACAUCCUAAUCCAAGUCUGGCACAUGGUAGAAAGGAUGCGAAGGGAUUUCAAUGAACAUCAUAUGACGCAAGUACCCAUGAUAGAGAACCAACUUGGAGAAAUGAAAAUGAUGGAGGAACUGGCUGAGCAUGUGGGAAAGAACUACCCCGAGAUUCCUGAUUCAAGGUUCGUGGCUCAACCAGUCGACGACUUCGUCUUUCCUUCAGAGGAAGCAGGAUCUAACGAAAACCCCAUCACAAUAGAUGAAGAUGAGGGUUUCUCAGAAACAAUGACGACUCAAAACACCCCUCCACAACAACCACCAGCGAUGGAACCUCGUUCAGCUCUGCGUUCAUAG